AUGGGGGUACAGCCAAUCUUGGGCCGUUGCCAUGGCAGCGCCCCCCUUCGUCUCUCUCAGGGACACCACGUGGAGGAUGAGGUCCGCAACACGUCCAUGGUGCUGUCCUCCAGCCUGCAUCCUUCCGACAGCAGCUCACAUCGAGGGGAGGAUGGGGGGAAGAAGCAGAAGAGGAAGACAUCCAGGUUCUGCUACAGCGGGCUGCCCCGCUACACAGCUUUGGACGCAGUGGGCUGGGGGGCGGUGGCCGUGCUCUUCAUGCAGAUCUGCAGGAAGAUCCACCUGCAGCUGUCUUCCUCGACCGAACCCAGCCCUGGAGCUGGAACGUACAGGAAACUCGGAUCGCUGCACAAGUGUGGUUACAGGGUCUUGCUGGAAAUCCUGUCUCGGCAAGAUGUCCUCCCAAGGGGCACGAGUGCGGGUUGCCUUACGGACACACUGGAAGAUGAGGGCAGUAGCAGCAGAGUGGCUCAUGCCCCCCGCACCCCAGAAGGUUCCACCUUCUCAAGUGCCGAAGGCAUGACUCAGAGCAAUGACUCCUCCUACUCAGGUGAAGCCAGUUCAUCAGCAGAGACCCCUCUGGAAGACACGGCAUACGCACAGGGCCCACAGCAACACAAGCAGGGCCCAUCAGUGGAGGAGGAGCUGGCAGCCUCUACGGACAACCUGAGGACAGUGGCCGACUCCAGCAUCCCCGUCAUCCUGAACAUCAUUGGUAUAGAGAGCGCUAGGAGGGGGGAUAGCCAGACUGCGUUCUCCUGCUUCCUGGUAGCUGCCCAGCAUGGCUACAGCAAAGCUCAGUUCAACGUGGGAGUCUGCUAUGAGAAGGGUCGGGGCGUCCGCGGAGACCCAGAGAAGGCUGUCGAGUUCUACAGGCAGGCGGCCGCAGGGGGCCACAGCCAAGCCCAGUACCGCUAUGCAAAGCACCUCCUGUGCACCGGGGCUCAGAGUCUCGAGAGCACACGCGCUGCUAUCCCGCUGCUGGAAAGUGCUGCGUCCUCUGGAGUGAGAGAGGCUCAAGUGUACUUGGGCGUGCUCUUUACCCAGGAGCCUGUGCGGGACUGGCAGAGGGCAGUGCACUACCUGCAAAUGGCAGCAAAGAAUGGGGACACAGUAAGCCUGCUUUACCUGGGCCACUGUUUCACAUGGGGCCUCGGGGUUGUGCCAUGCCUCAAGACCGCCGCACACAUGUACCAGGGAGCCGCAGAAGGGGGAAAUUUGGAGGCCCAGCGUAUUCUCUCAGCCUACGGGGCAAAAGUAGUUACCAGCGUUCCGGAGGAUGUCGUUCUGAGGUCCACGCGCUCUACUCCAUGCUUCUCGUCAGCCGACCACCUCCGCAGCAUGAUUCAGAUGCGUGAUGCACACUUCAGCUCUGCCACGCAGACCCUCCCCCACAGCUGGAGCAUGGGCAGCCUCCGCUCCUGGCUGCUGCCACAGGUGUCAGAGCCGCAGGAUGCUGGGAGGGCCCUGCUGUUGCCUAAAACAGCCCCCUGUGGCUGGACAGUAGGAGUCGGUUAGCAGAAGCUUACAGUCAGUAGGGAUCCAUAAAAUUUCAACAGUUCAGACUUACUGAUGUAGAGAGAGGUGUCUAAAUAGAGUAGGUAAACCAUUCAUUAUCUGAAGAGCAUCUGCUGUAGAAUAAAGUUGCUUCCCUGGUUAAACGCGGGGCCGGAGUCGCCUGCGGGGAAAAGCUGUGAUGAUUGUGUUUGAGUGGCUGCUGCGGGGUCCUGCCUGCUGCCUUUGGAGGCCUGGUGGACAUUUGCUCCGGACUGGUCACAAAACAGUACGGUAUGAAUAUUGCACCGAAAGGCCUUUUCUGCACCUUAGGGCAGAACUUGUAGGUUCACAGCUAAGCACAGGUAGAGCUGGUGGAACCUGAAGAAGAAAAGCACUUAAUCCGGAAUUGCCUUAGUAACUGUCCAAGAGUAAAGCGGCUCCCUAGAAAAACGUAUUGGGGUGUUAAUGUUGGGCUUUCAAGGAUGUGACUUUCUUAUGGUAUUUCUGUGCCCUGAUGUCAUGAGUCUGUCUUGCCAUUUGUUCUGCAGAUUUAAUGUGAGUGAGUAGUUUUUCAGCCUUGCAUGUUUACACACGACAUUGAGGACCGGAUGGUUCUUGGACUCUAAUUCACCACAAAAGGAAUUUACCUUUUUAAACACUGCUUUCUGUGCCAAGUGCUUGUUAGACUGACUACGUGGUGUGGGGUAUAUUUAGUGUCAUGUGGCCAAAUUAUGCAAAUGAGAGCCGAAAGGUGAUGAAACGCACAAGGAAUAUCGCAGCUGCAGCUGUUUAAAAUAUAAUUAAGCCAAUAUUUGUGUAAUAAGGGGGUAUGAGUUGCUGGAGAUAGCAUUUGCAUAACUGUUAGUGGUGUUUAAUAUUCUUAGCAUGGUUUUUUUUUUAUAGAACUUUGGUGUGUAUUUAGCAGAGAGAAACAACGCUGUACAAGGAAUUUU